AUGGUGGAAGAACGAGAGGCAUUGGUAGCAUGCAGCGAUCAAAGCAUGAGAAUUGGAGUGACGAUAUGGGACAUGAAAACAGGAGAAAAGAUUAUCCAUAUACCAACAUGUUCUUCACCACCUUUUGGUUUGUUGUGUUUAAGAAAUCAGUUCCUUGUGGCAUCACAAUUGAACAAACAUGGAUCUAUGGGUGGUGGAUCCAUUGUUGUAUGGCCCUUGAACAAGCCUCAUCAACCGAUUAUGAAUAACACAGUGGAAGCCAUUGGGCCAAUUUCUUGCACAAAAGAUGGCAUAUACCUUGUGGGAGGUGGUUUAUCUGGAAAUGCUUAUAUUUGGAAUGUGAUUAAUGGAAAAUUGUUGAAGACUUGGGCAGCUCAUUACAAAUCUAUAAAACACAUAAUGUUUUCAAAUGAUGAUUCUCUUCUUGUUUCUGGUUCAGCUGAUGGCAUGUUGUGUGUUUGGUCCAUGAUAAGUUUGUUAGAUGUGGAAGAAUCAGAAAGCUACAAUCCUUUAUUACAUCAUUUGCCAGGGCAUAUGUCCUCAAUAACAGGCCUUUUAGCUAUACCUUGCAAUUGUUAUUCAUUUAUAAUAUCAAGUGCUAUUGAUGGAACAUGCAAGGUUUGGGACUUUAUCACUGGAAAGCUUGUGCAAACUCAAGGCUAUCCUUUGGCAAUAACUUGCAUUGCCCUUCAUGAAGGUGAAAGUCUUUUGUUUUGUGGUACAGAAAAUGGAACAAUAUUUGUCAACAAACUUGAUAUUGGUUUGGAAGAUGGUUUUAAUUCAAUUAUUAGAGGAGAUCAAUCACUUGAACUCAAAGGACACAGUGGAGCCAUUAUUGCAUUGACAUCUAGUAGGACAAGCCUAAUAUCUUCUUCUGAAGACUGCACAAUAUGCAUAUGGGAUGUCAUCAACUGGACAAUCACUCGAAGAUUUAAUCUUGAAAAAGGGAAAGUAACUAAUCUCGUGGUAAUACUUCGAUCUUCGGCUCUCUCCACAUCAAAUCAUACAAGAGGCUCCAAUCAAUACAAUAUCUCUCCAUUGGGCAAGUCUCCUCUACAAAUCAAUGGACACAGUGAAACUACAUCUCUUAAUUCUUUGUGUCGCCUCUUCAAAGAAAAACAAACUCACAUUGAUUUAAGAAGCACUGGCUUAUUGAGACAAAGCAUUUAUGGUCCACAGAAAGCACAUGUGUCUAUGGCCAUGACCAUGCAAAUGAAAGUGGACAAAAAUAUUGAGAAUCGUUCAUGGGCAACAAAGAUGGCAAAACAUGUUAUGGUGAUAAACAGAAAGAUGCAGUCACGACUGUUGGACUUGAUACAUCGUAGAUUGUUUUGCACUAACAAAAUAAACUCUCAAAAAAGAGGAAUGGUGAGUAUGAAGCAAAGGAAAGGGAUCAAGAAGCCAUAAAAAUGUAGCAAAGAAAUUAAGCUGAAAGUGCACUAGAGGCAAAGACUCAAGUUAAAUUUGUUGAGCAAGCGCCCCUCGAUCAGUGAAUCUGAGACGGAAAAUUUCCUUUGUGAAAUAGGACAAAUUUAUUGUGUGAGCCACACUUUGCUUAGUGAAUAACGAUGGAAUCAAAUAUCUAUAAAUAUAGUAUUUGGUUGUCAAAAGGAGUUAGCUUUUGAUGUAUAGUUUUAGUUUUGUUUUCUCACACCAACGAGAGAGAGUUUGAGUGGUUCAUUACAUUGA